CGACUAGGGGGUCUGCGUGUGUGGUGGAUACGAAUCUGGUCAUUCUGGAUUGCUACCUUUGACUGGGUCCCACUUACAGCGCGUCUUCAAAACAAAAUCGAACACAGCUGAAGGAAGACGAAUUCAACAACUUGGUCGUGUAAAGCACGAGGCUAAAGAAAGAAAUUAUGUUAAGAAUUUUCUCGUCUCUUUUUCCCCAAUUCGUCUUUGACACAAUCGAGNUUGAUGAAACAAAACGUAGCCACUUCACUUAAGCAGUUUUCAGAGAGUUCCAUUGGUUUGAGCAGACCAAUAAAGAAGCAUGGGAUUUUGGUGUGUUGCUUGGCCUCUUCCGAAACUGGCUGCCCUGUGCACUUGGGCAUUUGUACUCUUGAAUCCUCAUUUUGCCUUGUGGAGGCUAAUGCUGUCCUACCCCUUGUGAGGGUACUUAGAGAGCCAGACACCGGAGCCUGCGAAGCUUCUUUAGAUGCACUCUUGACAUUGAUUGACGGAAAGCAACUGCAGAGCGGUAGUAAGGUGCUUGCUGAAGCCAAUGCCAUUGGUCCAAUUAUUAAAUUGUUGAGCUCAUCUUUUGCCACAUUGCAGGAGAAAGCACUGAAUGCCUUAGAAAGGAUAUUUAGGCUGGUUGAAUUCAAACAGAAUUAUGGGAAAUCAGCCCAGAUGCCAUUAGUUGACAUCACUCAGAGAGGACCUAGUGGUAUGAAAUCCGUGGCUGCCAAAGUAUUGGCUCAUUUGGACGUACUUCAGGAACAGUCGUCUUAUUUUUGAUGGGUCCUGAUGAAAUGAAGAUUUUAAUACCAUUUCCACAAAGCAAGAGCACAGUCUUCUUCUGUUAAAGUAAAUUGCAGUUGUAUUUUGCUCUAUUAAUUUCUUGUAUAUAAUUUUAAGGGCUUGAUUAUUGUCACCCCAAAUCCACGGAUUUGAGGUGCUACUGUGAUAUCAGAAUUUGUUUGUCAAUACAUAAACAGAAUAAAAUUUAUCCAUGAAGCCCUACUGUACAACAAGCUGCAGUUUAAUUUCUUUCUGUUGUCUAUCCUCACGUGUUGUUACGAGGAUUCUGUGAAUGCAAGUUGAAAUCAG